AUGCAGGAAAGUGACAAAGUUGCGGCAUUAGCCUCGGUCGUCUGGCCGACUACUUCUGACUUGCCGAACCGACGAGAACACGCUUUCACCGCCUCCGCUUUGGCCGACGAGGCCAGCUUGAGACUCCCACCUUCUCUUCGCAACCACAACCACACCCACACCCUCACACCAACGCCAAACUCGUUCGACCGGCCUAACAAGGCUGAUGUCUACUCGAAUGGACUCUUUCUUUUAUCGCGGUUGCCAAGGCGAUGGGUGAGGCGGCCCGGUUAUAUGGUUGGUCAGAUGAGAAUAGAUGCCAAUAGAAAAUGUGUGUGUCAGCCACAAAGGCACAUGAACAGACGUCAUGAUGGGCCGUUGAAGGGACGAGAAGGUAUCGUCUCUGCCGGUCGGGCUCAAGCAUGGUCCGAGUGGUUUGUCUCCGCCGACGAGGUUGGUUCAAAGCGAAGGGGCGCCGUUCGCUUUUGUCGAAUUCAUGCCUCUGAAGACUGGGCGUCGUCCCUGCGGGCUCGAUGGGGCCCAACGGACCAAUGGGCUCGAAAGCUGGAGUGUCGAUGA